AUGAAAUGUGAAAAGGGUGAAAAGUUUUCACAUGGAAACCUCAUUCGUUAUGGAACCUUUGAUGUCAGCCCUGCUGCUGGCAUCUUAAAUUAUAGACAGGGGAUCUUUGAGGGGCUAAAGGAAUAUAGAACCGAAGAAAGGUCUAUACUUUUGUUUAGGCCAGAGGAGAAUGCCCUGCGCAUGAAGGCUGGUGCUGACAGAUUGUGUAUGACUUCCCCAUCCGUUGAGCAGUUUAUUAAGGCUGUCAAGGACACAGUCCUUGCCAACAAAUGCUGGGUGCCUCCAGCAGGGAGAGGAACACUGUACCUUAGACCAUUGCUGAUGGGAACAGGUGCUACCUUAGGCGUGGGACUUUCAACUGAGUACACUUUCCUUAUUUACUGUUCUCCUGUUAGCAACUAUCACAAGAAGAGGUGGCUCGAUCCAGCAGGUCUCUGCUGCAAUGGACAUGGCAGUGGUAACGGCGUCGGCGGCGACAAAAACGGCAACUGGAAUGGCGGCGAAAAUGGAGGUGGAAAGCCUAGGGUUUCAUAG